AUGCCCACAUAUUCGUCAAGAGAGCAAGUACGUGUACCAAAUGUGAUUGCAUUAGUAGGUUUGCCGGCUAGAGGCAAGACUUACAUAUCACACAAGUUGUGCCGUUAUUUGAACUGGAUUGGUAUAAAAACGAAAGGUGCUUCAAAAUUGGAUUCAAAGAUUGAUUCAUGUGUCUGUAUCUGUUAUCGUUGCGUUCCUGAAACAGCUUCACUUUCAGCGUUUAAUGUUGGUGAUUAUCGACGAAAAGCUUGCAAGUUAGAGGAGCAAGGCGAAUAUGAGUUCUUCAGUCCUUACAACAAGCAAGGAACACGAAUUAGGGAGUCAGCGAGUUUAAACGAUUGUGCACGAUUGGCCAUGGAGGAUAUGGGUCAGUAUUUAUCGUCUAAGGAAGGUGAAGUCGCUCAACGUAUUUGUGACAUCAUUCAUAAUAUCAAUCAGAUAUUUGAUGCAACGAAUACAACCCGUGAUCGACGUCGUUGGUUGGUUGAUUUUUGUGAAAAUGAUGAACGUGAUCCACCAUUUCGAGUAUUCUUCGUUGAGAGUGUUUGUGACGAUCCUGACAUCAUCAAUGCCAAUAUUACUGAAGUGAAAUUGAGCUCACCCGAUUACAAAGGCCAUAUGACGGAAGAGGACGCGAAAAAUGAUUUUUUGAAACGAAUCGAAAAUUACAAAUUGCAGUAUCAACCACUCGAUGAAGACAUUGACGAUGAUUUAUCAUUCAUAAAAGUGAUCAAUGCUGGACGAUCAUUCUUUGUGCAUAAUGUGAAUGGGCAUGUGCAAAGUCGUGUUGUUUAUUUUCUAAUGAAUAUCCAUUUAUUACCACGUUCUGUCUAUCUGACUAGGCACGGUGAAAGCGAGUACAACAGAAUUGGCCGUCUUGGUGGUGAUAGUCCUCUGAGCGAUAAUGGACUCGAGUAUGCGAGUCGGUUGCGCGAAUAUUUCAAAGCCGAGAAUGUACCUGGUGAAUUACGUAUCUGGAGUUCACAGAAGGUUCGUGCUGCACAAACAGCGUGUACACUGCGUGAUUUGGCUGCACACAUUGAAUAUUGGAAAGUGCUUGAUGAGAUCGACGCGGUACCAAAUUUGAUUUUUUUUCGUACACGAUUGACGUAUGACGAUUUCAAGGCAAGGUAUCCGAAACAAUUUGCUGAUCGCGAUAAAGAUAAAUACCAUUAUCGGUAUCCUUCUGGAGAGAGUUACGAAGACUUGGUCUCUCGACUCGAGCCAGUCAUUAUGGAAUUAGAACGACAAAGUAAUGUACUUGUUGUUUCUCAUCAGGCUGUGUUACGAUGUAUUUUGGCAUAUUUUGACAACAAGAAUCCUCAAGAGCUUCCUUACCUGAACGUGCCUUUGCAUACGGUUAUCAAAUUAACACCAAAAGCAUACAGUUGCCAGAUUGAAAUGUUCAAGUUCAAAGUGGAUGCUGUGGAUACAUAUCGCGAGAAACCAGUCGAUUCAAUUAGUACGAAAGUGAAUGCAAACACGAUGAAAGGACCGGAUCGACAAGGCCAUAAACUGGCUGAGUGCUGCAACUCGCAACCGGUGGUUAAUGCUGAAAAUGUAGCCUCAUCACAAGUUGUACCUGCUUGA